CAUGUGUGAAGUCUGUAUAGGGAGGGCUAUAAAAGCUGUGUUUGUCCAGCCUCACAGACAUUUUGACGGACGCAGUCAGGAACAGACAGACAGGAUGCAUAUGGACCUGGUGUGGCUGGCCGUGGUGUCUCUCUCCUUACCCCUGAUCUCAGAAUGCGCUCCACUCUACAUUAUGUCGGCCCCUAACCUCCUGAGGGUGGGUACGCCAGAGAACGUGUUUGUGGAGGCACAGGACUAUAAUGGUGGAGAUAUUUAUGUGCAACUUAUGGUGAAAGACUAUCCACGAAAGACCAGAGGCAUAGCGGUCAAAGAUGUUGUUCUGACUGCAGCCAACAACUAUCAACUUCUAACAAGCAUAGAGAUUCCAAACUCAAAAGAUUUGUUUGGUGAGGAUCCCCUGGAGAAGCAGUAUGUUUACCUGCAGGCCCAGUUCCCUGGCAGUUUGCUGGAGAAAGUGGUACUGGUCUCCUUCCAGUCUGGCUAUAUAUUCAUUCAGACUGACAAGACCAUUUAUACCCCAGAUAACACAGUCCUCUACAGGCUUUUUUGUGUGAAUCCUGGAUUACAACCUUUGACAACUAAAAUCUCUGUGGAAAUAAUGACCCCAGACAAUAUUGUCAUAUACAGACAAUUCAUGUCUGCAAACAAAGGAGUUGGGUUUGGAAGGUACCAACUUCCCGAAAUCACUAGCUCAGGGACCUGGAAAGUGGUAGCACGUUUUAGUGAUUCUCCACAGAAGAGUUUUACUGCUGACUUUGAAGUUAAAGAAUAUGUGUUGCCCAGUUUUGAGGUUACUCUGAAGCCCAGCAAGUCCUUCUUCUACAUUGAUGAUGUAGAGCUUAAAGUUCAAAUACAGGCUAAAUAUUUGUAUGGAAAUGAGGUGACAGGAACAGGUUUUGUGGUGUUUGGAGUGAUGUCAUAUGAGAAGAGAACUCUUCCUGGAUCCCUACAGAGAGUAGAGAUCAGAAAUGGCUUAGGGGAGGCUGUACUGAAGAGAAGCGAUAUCCAACAGACCUUCCCUAACAUUGCUGAGCUUGUUGGGCAGACCAUAUACAUAACUGUCAGUGUAUUAACAGAAGCUGGCAGUGACAUGGUAGUAGCACAAAAGGAUGGCAUUCAGAUUGUGACAUCACCAUACACCAUUCAGUUCAAGGGAACUCCCAAAUACUUCAAACCUGGAAUGCCAUUUGAUGUCUCGAUCUAUGUAACCAAUCCUGACCAAUCACCAGCAAGAGACAUUGAAGUGGUGGCUCAGCCUGGUGGAGUCAGUGCUAGAACCAAACCAAAUGGGAUGGCAAAGCUCACGGUCAACGCUGAGGGAGGAUCCUCCAAACUGGACAUCUAUGUCAAGACUAACGAUCCACGGCUUACGGAUGCUAGACAGGCGAACAACCACAUGUCUGCCUUAGCUUACACAACUAAAGGCGGCUCCCAAAACUACCUGCACAUUGUGGUACAAGCCACAGAACUCACUGUUGGAGAUCAAUUCAAGGUCAUCCUCAUGCUGAGUAGCAGUCUGAGGAGCCAGGAGCAUGAUUUGACUUACAUGAUUCUCAGUAAAGGACAGAUUGUGAAAGUUGACAAAUUUAAGAGGAGGGGCCAGGCUCUGGUGACUUUAUCUUUGACAGUGACAAAGGACAUGGUUCCUGCUUUCCGUCUGGUGGCGUAUUACCACGUGGGUUCCUCGGAGGUUGUGUCUGACUCGGUCUGGGUUGACGUGAAGGACACCUGCAUCGGAGCGCUGAAAGUGGAAGAUAUUCGUACGAGGUACACAUACAAUCCUGGUAGACCUUUCAGUCUGAAGAUCACUGGAGACCCUGAGGCCAAGGUUGGGCUGGUGGCUGUGGAUAAAGGAGUCUAUGUGCUCAACAACAAGAACAGACUCACCCAAACCAAGAUCUGGGACAUCAUUGAAGAACAUGACACUGGUUGUACGGCUGGUAGUGGUAAAGACAGUAUGGGAGUUUUCUCUGAUGCAGGACUGCUGUUUGAGUCCAAUACUGCAGGAGGCACUGACUCCAGAACAACAGCACAGUGUCCCAGGCCUUCAAAGAGGAGACGCCGUGAUGUCGCUAUUGUGGAGAUGACAAACAGACUGGCGGAUAAAUACUCAGGCCUGUCGAAGCAGUGCUGUCUGGAUGGAAUGAGAGAGAAUAAACUGGGCUACACAUGUGAGAGGAGGUCAGAGUUCAUCAUUGAUGGGGACGAGUGUGUGAAGGCUUUCAUUCACUGCUGCAAGGAAAUGUCCACUCGCAAACAAGAGGCCAAGGAUGAACAGAUGCUUCUCGCUCGCAGUGUUGAACGGGAUGAGGUUGUCGGGGGCGAGAGGACAAAAGGUCAGGUACCUGGUAAACGAGUCAGCAGACACACAGCUGAGACAGAUGAGAACAAUGAUGAAUUCUUUACAGAUUCUGACGAAAUCAUAUCACGUACUCAGUUCCCAGAAAACUGGCUUUGGGAAGAGAUUCUACUUCCACAAUGUCCAGACAACAAGCCAUGCUCCAUUUCACAGAACAGCAUUCUGAGAGAUUCCAUCACCACCUGGGAAAUCACAGCUAUCAGCCUGUCUCCAUCCUUUGGUAUCUGUGUGGCAGACCCCUAUGAGAUGGUUGUUAUGAAAGAUUUCUUCAUUGAUCUGAAGUUGCCUUAUUCAGCUGUGCGCAAUGAAGAAGUAGAGAUCAAAGCCAUCCUGCAUAACUACAAUGACUAUGACCUUGAAAAGGUGCGAGUGGAGUUGAUGAAGACUGAAAAUGUGUGUAGUUCUGCCAGCAAGACGGGCAGAUAUCGCACCUACGUAAAGGUGAAUAAAAUGUCUACCCUUGCUGUGCCUUUUGUCAUCAUCCCGAUGGAACUGGGCGAGCACUCUAUCGAAGUGAAAGCCGCUGUCUCAGAUAGUAUAAGCACAGACGGCAUCAGGAAGCAACUGCGUGUGGUGCCUGAAGGUGUGUUAACCAAGCUUGAAGUGAAGAAUCUGGAAUUGAACCCAGCUAAACAUCAAGGUGGUCAACAGGUUGAGUUUAUUGGGAGAGAUCCUCUUACAGGACAGGUUCCCAACACCCCAGCUAAGAAACACAUAACAGUGAGAGGUAAAGAGAUCAGCCAGACCCUUGAGCAGGCAAUCAGUGGAGACUUCAUGGGCUCCCUCAUCGUCCAGCCAGUUGGCGACGGAGAACAAAAUAUGAUUUACAUGACCCUUCCCGUCAUCGCCACGCACUACCUGGACAACACCAAGCAGUGGGACCGUGUGGGACUGAACCGCAGAAAUGAGGCCAUAAAACACAUCACCACAGGUUACAAGAAUGAGCUUGCCUAUUGUAAACCAGACGGUUCUUAUGCUGCGCAGAUCGACAGAAAAAGCAGUACAUGGCUGACGGCAUAUGUGGCCAAAGUUUUCACUAUGGCCAGUGACCUCAUCUCCAUCGAGGUAAACGUGAUCUGCAGCGCCCUCAAGUGGCUGAUUCUGAAUGCACAGCUUCCUGAUGGCAGGUUCAAAGAAGAUGCUCCUGUAAUCCAUGGAGAGAUGGUGGGCAACGUGCGAGGGAAAGAUGCUGAUGUGUGUCUGACAGCGUUUGUGCUCAUCGCUAUGCAGGAGGGCAGCAAGUUCUGUGAAGGCACUACUGGCCAGGUCUUAUCCAGCAGUAUGGGGAAAUCCGUUUUAUAUUUGGAACGUCAGUUACAGGAUUUGACAAACCCUUAUAGUGUUGCAAUUGUAUCUUGUGCCCUGGCCAACGCAGGACAACUCAAUAAAUACUUUCUAAUGAGGCACUCAACUCAAACACAAGAUGGCAUUUACUGGGAAGUCCCUGGUGCCCAUCAUUUCACACUAGAGGCCACAGCCUAUGCCCUGUUAGCGCUGGUCAAAGCCAAUUACUUUGACAAAGCAGGACAGGUAGUUCACUGGCUGAACAGACAGCAAACUCACUAUGGAGGAAGUGGCACCACACAGGCAACCAUUAUGGUGUUCCAGGCUGUGGCAGAAUACCAUGUACAAGGGAAGAAGCAGCAAGAUAGAAAUCUAGAUGUGGAAAUUCAGAUUUCUGGCAGACAUAGACCCAUCAAAUGGUCCUUUAACAGUGAAAACUCCCACUUGCUACGCUCAGACAGGUUCCUGAUUGACCAGAACCUCACUGUUGUUGCCACAGGAACUGGCACUGCAGCUGUUUCAGUAUCAACUCUGUACUACACCAAACCUGUUACAAAGGAGAGUGACUGCAGACAUUUUGAACUAGAAGUGACAAUGGUCAAACAAGCUGAUGUAUCUUAUCCUGGCGCAAUAGAAACAUACCAGUUGAGCAUUGAAGUAUUAUAUAAGUCUACAGAAAGAGAUGCCACUAUGUCCAUUGUGGAUGUAGGUUUUCUGAAAGGCUUUGUUGUGGACCAGAACGAUUUGACCGAGCUAAUGACUGGACGAGACAGGUACAUCCAGACGUUUGAGAUGGAUAAACAGCUGUCUGAAAGAGGUUCCCUCAUCAUCUACCUGGAUAAGGUCUCUCAUAAGCACAGAGACAAGAUUGUUUUCAGGGUUCACAAAGUAAUGGUGGUGGGUCUUCUUCAACCUGCUGGAAUCACUGUGUAUGAAUACUAUUCUCCAGAGCGUUGUGUGAAGUUCUACAGUCCUUAUAAGCAAGACAGCCACGUUAACAGAAUAUGCCACAACGACGUGUGUCGUUGUUCUGAAGAAAACUGCAGUUCACAAAAGAGAGAGAAAGUGGACGAACGAGAGCGUGAAGAAAAAGCUUGCGCUGGUGGCACGGAUUACGUUUACAAAGCUACAGUGGAAACAACAGAAUUCACCACUAACAGGGACAUAUUCCGCAUGAAGAUUGAUAAUGUUGUAAGAGAAGGCGCUGACGUUAGUGUGAACGGCAACAUCCGUGAAUUUGUAGCUCACUCUAACUGCAGAAUGCCCCUCAGCCUGGAGAAGGGGAAGAGUUACCUGAUCAUCGGACAUUCCUCUGAUGUGACGAGGACUGAGGGAGGAUGGCAGUAUUUACUGGGUGAGAAGACAUGGGUUGAGUACUGGCCCACUAGGGAGGAAGGCCAAACUCCAGAGUUCAUAGAAAGAUUCAGAGGCAUCGCAGGACUGGUCGACAUGCUCAUGAACAUUGGAUGCAGCAUUUAAGAUGUGUCAUCAUUUUUGAGCUGUUUGUUCUAUUAUUCUUCCUACUCCCUCUUUAUUUGGUUGAGUUAUAGUUUGUAAACACAAUGGCUUUGACGAAGCCCAAAUUGGAACAAUGCUUAACUACCAGUUUUGCUGUAGAUACAAAUGAACACAACGUGUAUCAGAACAGAAUCUGAAAAAAAAACGCUAAUAUCUUGCAAGCCAAACUCAAACUGUUUCGUGGCUAAAGAAAUCUAGAAAACUCAUUUCAGAAUUUUGAUUUGAUUUUUGUUUUAAUUUUUCUGCCUUUCUUUAUAAUUGUUGAAAUGUCGUUGUUAUUUUCUAUGUGUUUUACAAGUGUCAAUCAAGUUUACACAGCUGUAAACUCAAACACUUUACACAUUUCUUGUCCGUGAAAUAUUAUUUACACGAACAACAUACACAGUAAAUAAAGAAAGAUUCACUCAAACCUGA